UGAUGGGCUGCAGAGAGAGCCGAGACAACAUGGUUAAUCACAGAUUUGGAAGGCGGUAGUCCAGUAUUGCCGCCUCAUCCGAAUACCUGAUUCCCAAGGUACAGUUAUAUGCACGUGAUGGCGCAUUCGGCCGUACAGGAUACCGUAAAAAAAUGCUCCAUACUCCCGGAGCACGAUUUAACAGUCUGUAUACAGAGCAUCAAAGCUAUUCAAUCAAACAAGACUCUCGGCAUCAAUUAAAUCCAUCAAUUGCCACAUUCGGCCAAAGCAAAAACAAAUAAUAAUAAUCAAAAUGUCAUCCGAAACAACACAACCCCCAACAGACCCCAACACAACCACAAAAGAAGACAUCAUCGCCCGCCGACAAGCCGACUAUGUCCGCUUCAAGCACUACACAGCCCUAACCUUCCUCGUCGCCUCCCCGAUCCUCAUCGCCCUCCCGCCAAGAAGACUGAACAACCUAACUGCCCUCUUAUUCGGCGCAUGGUGCGCCAGCGGGAACCACCUCCUCCGCGAGAAGACAGGUCGCGGCGUCCUGGACCGCAUCACGGACGGGUUCACAUCCAUCAGUUCGCCGACAGGUUUGCCCACGGAAAAGGCGCAGGAGGUGCAGGCGAAGCUCAGGGCUGCGCGUGAAGCGCAGAUUCGGCAGCAGCGGGAAGGGGAAGAUCCGGAGAGUGUGGAGAAGGAGUUGGAGAAGUUGAGGAAUUCGAAUCGGGGCGCACUGGAGAGGGUAUGGAUGGCUGGGGAGACAGAGGGGUGGAAGGAGAGGCGGUUGGAGGAGGAGAGGAAGGCCUUGCAGGAAGGGAAGGGAUAUGGGGAUUUGAUCAAGGAGCAUGUUUGGGAUGUGUGGACUUGGGGGGAGUCGAAGAAGGGUGGUGCUGGUAAGGAGGGUGAGUCAAAAGAAGGGAAGUGAUUGUUUAUGCUGUAUCUGUCUUUGUUGGGUCAUUAUUUCUUGAUUUCAUUGUAAACUAUUUGAAAAAGCUCAUUCCACUCCACAAUAUAGAUGUGCCGAGAAGGUUCAUAGAUAGCCAGAGGAGAGAACAGCGCGUUAAUGGACUCCAGAAGACAAGUUGGGAGGUAUGUCAUGUAGUUGCCGGAGUCCGAACGCUGGCAAUGAAGUGGAAUUUGUCGUUUUCUGACUGUCCGAUGGGGAGCCGUAAGUCAC